AUGCCUGCCGACCUCACAUCCUACCUCGCCUCGCGCUACCUAGUAGCCGACACCAAACCGACCAAAAAGCGCAAACGCAAGCACAAUAAAGACGGUGGCGACGGACUCUUGAUCACGGACGAUGACGACUCUGGCUGGGCGAAAAAGGGUGGACGCGGUGGCGGUAGCGACGACGACGCCGAUGAGCCAACUAUAGCAGGAGGCGGCACGGUUGCCGGCACGUCGGCCGCGUUCCGCAAGACCAAAAAGUCCAACUGGACGGUGUUGGGGAGCACGCCCAAAUCAAACACAAACACACCCAGCGCGGGCGAGACCGCGGCCGACACCGCGGCCGACACCGACGCCGAUGCCAUCAUUGCGGCCGCCGCAGCAGACAACGCCGCCGCGCUGGCGGCCGAGGACGAGGCGCCCGUCGUGGAGGGGGAAGACGACAUGGCCAAGCCCCGAGCGUCCGCCGUCCUCAUGAGCGACGGCACCCAUGCGGGCCUGCAGUCGGCCGCCUCCGUCACGGCCCAGCUCGAGCGCCGGCGACGCGAAGAGCGCGAGCAGUACGAGCGCGAGCGCCGGGAAAAGCGCGAGCGGCGGCGACAACGGGGCGGCGGGGACAAGGGGGGUCUGUCGGGCGAGGAGGAGGAGGACGUGGUGUAUCGAGAUGCGACCGGCCGCCGCGUCGACGUGGCGCUGCGCCGCCAAGAGGUGCGGCAGGCCGCGCUCGAGGCCGAGCAGAAGGAGCGCGACGCCAAGGAGGCGCUGCGGGGCGAUGUACAGCGCGAACAGGCGCGGCAGCGGCGCGAAGAGCUGGCCGACGCGGCGCUGAUGCCGCUGGCGCGCGGUGCUGACGACGAGGCGAUGAACCGCGAGCUCAAGGCGCAGACGCGGUGGAACGACCCGAUGGCGGCGUUUCUGGCGGAAAAGACGCCGGCCGCCGCCGGCAGCGGUGGUGGCGGCGGCGGCGGCGGUUCUGCAUCCAACCCGGCCAAGUCGGGUCGGCCAGUCUACCGGGGUCCAGCAGCGCCCAAUCGCUACGGCAUUCGACCAGGCUACCGGUGGGACGGCGUGGACCGCGGCAUAGGCUUCGAGGCCGAGCGGUUCAAGGCGAUCAACAGGCGGGAACGGGACCGGGAUCUCAACUACCAGUGGCAGAUGGACGUGUAG